AGUCCGCCGACUCCCACCGCAGCUUCUCCUUAGGCACGGAAGGGCUCGGCUUCCCCUGUAAGAAGGGGAAGAUAAAAGACUUUGAUUGAUGAAGAAUCUGCUCACUGAGAAGUGUAUAUCAAGCCACUGGUUGAAUUUCCGUCAAAAGGUGAUUAAGCAGAAAAUGGAGAAGUUUAAUUCCAGGUGUUUUAGGGAUGGUGCAGUUAAGAAACCUUAUUCUCCAAAGAUAUUGUCCAACAAGAAGUCUUCUGCCUUCUCUGGGAUCCAGAGGAAGUUACCUAGGACCAGUCGUCCAGUACAGUCUCAUGCCUCACAUACUUGGACCCGUCGGGGUCAGUUAAGAGAGUUGCGCAUCAGAUGCAUGGCCAGAAAGUUCUUGUAUUUGUGGAUUCGAAUGACUUUUGGAAGAGUAUUUCCCUCUAAAGCCAGGUUGUAUUAUGAGCAGCGGACACUAUGUAAGGUCUUUGAAGAAUGGAAAGAACAGUGGUGGGUUUCCCAACGAGAGUGGAAACUCUGUGUUCGAGCUGACUGUCACUACAGGUACUACUUGUAUAACCUGAUGUUUCAGACCUGGAAGACCUACGUGCAUCAGCAGCAGGAGAUGAGGAACAAGUAUGUUAGAGCCAAGGCCCAUGAUGCAAAGCAAAAGAUGCGACAGGCCUGGAAAUCCUGGUUGAUCUACGUGGUUGUUCGUAGGACCAAACUUCAGAUGCAGACCACCGCUCUGGAGUUUAGGCAGCAAAGUAUUUUAUGGAUAUGGUGGAGCAAGUGGAGGUGGCGACUAGGACAGGUCCGUGCAGGCCAUGCCCUCCAUGCCUCAGCCGUGAAGCACAGGGCCCUGAGCCUCCAGAUGCAGGCUUGGUCACGGUGGCAGGAACAGCUCCUGCACAGCCAGAGGGAGAGACGGAAGGUGGUCUCUGCAGUGAAACACCAUCAGCACUGGCAAAAGCAGAGAUCCCUGAAGGCCUGGCUUGAAUACCUGCAAGUCCGCAGAGUGAAGAGACAACAGAACGAGAUGGCUGAGCAAUUCUACCGUGUCACUGUGCUGCAGAUACACUUCUGUGACUGGCAGUGGGCCUGGAAGAGGAGGGAGAGCUUAUAUGCCCACCACGCCCUGGUGGAGGAGCUGGCCAGGAGAAUGGUCCUGCGCAGGGCCUUUACGCACUGGAAACACUACGUGCUGCUUUGUGCAGAAGAAGCUGCCCAGUGUGAGAUGGCAGAAGAGCACCGCAGGCAUAGUCUGCUGUAUUUUUGCUUUAAAGCCCUAAAAAACAAUGUGACCCGUGCGCAUCUCCAACAGAUAAGAAGGAAUCUUGCUCACCAGCAGCAUGACAUCAUGCUGCUGCGCAGGUUCUGGAACCUCUGGCAAUCUCGAAUUGAGCAAAGGGAGGAAAGAGAACAGCUCUCCUUACUGCACGCUGCCUGGGAGCACUACAGGAUAACAUUGCUACACAAGUGUAUCAAGUUGUGGUUACAGUAUACUCAGAAGAGGCGAUGUAAGCAGCUGCUACAGGCCAGAGCAGAUGGUCAUUUCCAGCAGAGAACCCUGACUGCUACCUUCCAUGCAUGGAAUAUACUUUGGCGAUGGCACCAGAAGGAAAGUGUCCUCGAUGCAAGAGCAACACGUUUUCACAGGGAGACAUUAGAGAAGCAAGUAUUUGCUAUCUGGUGGCAGAAGAUGUUUCAGCAUCGAGAAAAUCGCUUGGCAGAGAGAAUGGCCAUCCUUCAUGCGGAGCAGCAGGUUCUGCAUCGGUCCUGGUCCACAUGGCAUCAGCAGGUAGCAACACAUCACCAGGAGCGGGAAUGGCAAGCAGUAGCCUGUGCCCACCACCGCCACAGGCAGCUCAGGAACGCUUUCUGCGUUUGGAGGCAGAGUGCCCAAGGGCAGAGAACAGAGAGGAUAGGCAGGAUGCGGGCAGCAGAGUUCCACUCGGCACAGAUCCUGCGUUGGGCCUGGAACAGGUGGAGGGAGGCUUACCAGGGGAAGAUGCAGAGCGUCCUCCAGGAAGUGGCAGCCAGGGAGAGCCGGCAUAACAGGCAACUGCUACGGGGUGUGUUACAUCGCUGGAGAGAGAACACUGUGGCCCGUGUGGAUGAAGCCAAAAAAAUGUCUCUAGCAAGUGCUCACUACCGAAGGACCAUGUGUUCCAAGGUCCUGGUCCAGUGGUGGGAGGCUGCAUCAGUGCAGAUAUAUUACCAACAGCAGGAGGACUCUACCAUCAGGGAGGCCCAGAAGGUGCUGGACAGGGGCUGUCUCCGGACCUGGUUUCGGCACUGGCGGGACCGCAGCCAGAGGUCAGCCCAGCAGAGAAUCCAGCUGGAGAGGGCAGCCCAGCACCACUGCCGGCAGCUGCUGCUGGAUGGGGUGGCCCGGUGGAAGGCACACCAUCUGGGGUGUGUCAGGAAAAGGCUCCUGCAGAGGCUGGCCGCCCGGCUCCUGGUGCAGAGACUCAGCCAGGCCUGCUUCCGCCAGUGGAGACAACAGCUGGUGGCCAAGAGGCAGGAGCAGCAGGCUACAGCACGGGCCCUGUGGUUCUGGUCCUUCUCGCUACAGGCAAAGGCGUGGGCUGCGUGGCUGGGCUUUGUGCUAGAAAGGAAGAGGAAGAAGGCACGGCUGGAGCAGGCGGUGCAAGCCUACCACUGGCAGCUCCUCCAGGAGGGCGCCACGCGCCUCCUGCACUUUGCAGCUGACAAGAAGGCCUUCCGGCAGCAGCUGCAGGCCCAGCAGCAGGUCCAGGAGGCCCACCGUCUCCACCGUGCGGUCCGCCGCUGUGCCACAGUCUGGAAACAGAAGGUGCUGGGCAGGGAGCCUCAGCCCCCAGCACCCAUCGCACACAGCAGGAGAGUAACAUUUGAGGAUCCUCUUCUCCACCACAUUGCUGCUGGGGCUGGGGAUGCUACCCUGGAGACCAAGAGGCUACGAGCUCCUUGGCCUCAGGGAGCUCUGGGCAGGUUGGCCCUGGCUGCUGGGGAGCCUAACCUGCUGGAGCUCAAUGCUGCCCGCUCAGCAAGGAAGCAGCCGCGACGCCCACACUUCCUACUGGAGCCUGUGCAGAGCCAGAGGUCUCUGGGGCAUGGCACCCUCAGGGAACAGGGGCCAGAGAAGUCACAGGAAUGUGACCUAGGCAUGGCCCAGCCAGCUGGCCCUUCCCUAACCCUGGUGAAGGCCCAGAUGGCACUGGUGCCAAGCAGCCUCUCGCCUGGGGCCCCGCCAAGUGCUGCUGGCCUGAAGCUGCCCCCCAUAGCAAGUCCAGGCCUGGAGCUGCUGCCUCCUUCCUCCUUCAUGCCCUGUGGGGCAGAAGCACCAGCCAGGGUGUCAGCACAGCCGACCACCCCCAGGCUUAAGCCCCAGGCUCCUCCAUCCCUGGCCAGUGUCCCUGAGCCCAAUCUGCUCAGAACACAAAGCCACUUUACAGGCACCAGGGCUGGGCCUGGGCUUGACUCUGAACCUGCAGGCUGCACAGACCUUGAAGCUGAGCUUGAGGGGAUCCAGCAGCAAUUACAGCACUAUCAGACCACCAAGCAGAACCUCUGGUCCUACCAGCGGCAAGCUAGCAGCUUACGCCGGUGGCUGGAGCUGAGCCGGGAAGAGCCCAGGCCUGAGGACCAGGAAGCGGAGCAGCAGGUGCAGAAGGAGCUAGAGGAGGUGGAACUGCAGAUCCAACAGCUGACUGAGGAGCUUCAGGCCCAGCGCCAGCCCGUCAGCGCCUGCAUUGCCCGCAUCCAGGCCCUGCGGCAGGCUCUGUGCUAGCAGGCUUGUCCAGGGAGGUGGGUGCUGGGCUGCGGGGCAGGCCUCAAGCACUGCCAGGAACAGAACACAAAGCCACAAUAAGUUUUCUUUUUUUAAUUUCAAAAUGUUUUGUAAUUAAUUAAAUGAAUAACUGUU